AUGGAGUAAUAUAUUGAUCACGAACUUACAAUCCAACAAUUCUUCAAGUAGCAUCAAAUAACAUCACCUCUACUCUCCCAACUCAAAAGGGAGUUCGGUAUCAUCAAGCAUCCCACUUUUAUAAUGAAUAAUUUGCUCUAAAUCAUCCAACACAAGAAACAUUUAACAUGUAUUGAAGCACCAAAAUAAAGUGGAAGAACUAUGUCCUGUCUGUUAAUUAUUUUGGAUUAGUUUUUGAAAUCUUUAGAUCAUUUCACUCCUGAUGAAGAAAAUGGAUAUUAUCUACUCGUUACUUCAGCAAGCAGAGAACAAUCAGCACAUUGUAAAACCAUAGUUCAAAAAUUGCCUUGCUUGAUAUUAAUUCAUAAUUUCCUCUGA